AUGGACGUUCCGAAAACCGCUAUUCCAGUCAUACUUGGCUCCAUGACCCUUGGAAAAACCAACAAGGCACAUGUUCGAAUUGAUACCAUCGGCGGUACCAACGAAAUGCUAGAUGUCUUUCAAAAACAUAAACAUACCGAAAUCGAUACUGCCCGCACCUAUGGAGCAGGGUCAACAGAAGAAUACUUGGCUAAUGCAAAAUGGCAAGAUCGAGGACUCUUGAUUGAUACCAAGCUGUAUCCGACCAAAAGAGGAGACUUAACUUGGAUCACUUCUGAGCAAUGGACCCACGAACCGUGGGAUGUCCGCGCUGGUUUGAUGACGAGUUUGAAAGCACUGCAAGCUGAGAGUGUGGAAAUGUUUUACCUCCAUGCCCCGGACAGAGAAGUUCCGAUCGAAAAGACCUUAGCGGAAGUAGACGCACUCCAUCGGGAGGGAUACUUCCGUCGCUUCGGUAUCUCUAACUUUCAAUCCUGGGAAGUUUCCAAAAUCUGUGAAAUCUGCGAGAGGCACGGAUACAUCAAGCCGAGUGUUUAUCAAGGCAUGUACAAUGCAUUUCAGCGGUCAGUUGAGGCUGAGCUUGUUCCCUGCCUUCGUCACUACAAAAUUGGCCUAUAUGCCUUCCAGCCCUUAGCUGCAGGUUUCCUGACCUCACGAUAUCAAAGAAACCAAAACACGGAAGACUAUGAAGUUGGUUCUCGUUUUGAUCCCAGGGAAAGUCGAAACCUUUUCUAUCAUCGGCGCUAUCUUAAUAGUCGGUACUUCGAUGCUAUUGAGCUUCUGCGUCCCCUUGCGAAGAAGCAUGGUCUCACGGAGGCAGAAUGUGGUCUUCGCUGGAUGGCACAUCACAGUGUGAUGAAAAGAGAGCUGAAAGACGGAGUUAUUAUUGGCGCUUCUAGUUCUUCGCAAUUGGAACAGAAUUUGCUAGACCUGGAGAAGGGCCCGUUGCCUGAUGAAAUUGUGGAGGCACUAGAUGCAGGGUGGAAAGGUAUCGCGGGCACCUACGCAUAUUGGCACUAG